AUCAGAUCGAUCUAUAGAUCGCAACCCUACGGUCUCUACCUGCUGAGUUCCGACUCUCUUCUCUUCUCGGCGAAAAACCCUAGAGAACUAGUAGAGUCAGAUUCUCGUUUCUAAUUCGACUUGAGGGUUUCGAUUUGCACUCUCAAGAGGGGAGAAAGGAAGGAAGGAAUUUCAGAUGGACUUCGACGAGUACGAGUACCUUGAAAAGACUGUCGAGGAAACAGAACCAGAUGUCUUGCCUUCAAAGAAGAAUAAGGACAAGGACGCCAGUGGAGACAAGAACAGCAAAGGAUACAGGAGGAAAGAUAGAGACGACGAGGACGCCAGCGGCGAUGAUGAGGAUAAGAAGAGUAAGAAAUCGAGAGCUGAAGAUGAAAAUGGUGGUAGACAAGAUAGAGAUGGCGGUCGAGAGAGGUCUUCGAGGACUGAACGGCACCGGAGCAGCAGAGAUGGAGACCGGAGCAGCAGGGACGGAGACAGAGACAGAGAGAAGUAUCGUGGUCGGAGUAGUAGAGAGGAUAGGGAUUCGGAGAGAGAAAUUGACAGAGGUUCGAGAGAGAAGGAUAGUGAAAAGGAUAGGGAGAAAAGAGAUAAAGAGAAGGAAAGGGUGAAGGAACGUAGUCGAAGGGAUAAAGAGAAAGAUCCGGAAAGUGACCGGGAGAAGGAUAGGGAAAGAGAGAGGUCUCGAAGAAGCAGGAGCAGGUCGAAGUCCUCUAGGGUGCUUGAGAGUGAGCGUGGAGGAAGAGAGAGGGAAUCUUUGAGAGAGCGUGGACGGGAACUGGAAGUAAGAGAGAGCAGGAGAUUUAAAGACAAGAAAGAGCUAGUGGAGCCUGAGCAUGAUCCUGAAAGGGACCAGAGAACAGUUUUUGCUUUCCAGAUGCCUUUGAAGGCAACUGAGAGAGAUGUUUAUGAGUUCUUUUCUAAAGCAGGGAAGGUCAGGGAUGUGCGGCUGAUCAUGGACAGAAACUCAAGACGGUCCAAAGGAGUCGGGUAUGUUGAAUUUUAUGAUGCAAUGUCAGUGCCAAUGGCAAUUGCACUUACCGGACAGUUACUUCUGGGACAGCCUGUAAUCGUUAAGCCAUCAGAAGCAGAGAAGAACCUUGUCCAAAGCACUGCAUCGGCGGCAGGUUCAGCUGCUGGACCUUAUGGUGCAGUUGAUAGAAAACUUUAUGUUGGUAACCUGCACUUCAACAUGACUGAACUUCAGCUUAGACAGAUAUUUGAGGCUUUUGGACCUGUGGAGCUUGUGCAAUUACCUACUGACCCAGAGACGGGGCACUGCAAAGGAUUUGGAUUUAUUCAAUUUUCCAAACUUGAAGAUGCCAAGGCAGCUGUAACUUUGAAUGGGCAGUUAGAGAUUGCUGGUAGGGUUAUCAAGGUUUCAUCAGUUACUGAUCAUGUUGGGGUGCAAGACUCAGGUGCCAAAGCAGCUGAUUUUGAUGAUGAUGAUGGUGGUGGUCUGGCAUUGAAUGCACAAUCAAGAGCAUUGCUCAUGCAGAAGCUUGAUAGGAGUGGCACCGCAACAAGUAUUACGGGGUCUCUUGGAGUACCAGCGCUCAAUGGGGCAGCUUCAGGUCAACAUGCUGUUACCUUACCCAUGAAUGGACAAGCUGCCAUUCCUGCUGCACUUCUUCCAGCAAUUGUGGUGUCGGAGCCUAUUGGAAUCCCCAGUGAAUGUCUCCUCUUGAAGAAUAUGUUUGAUCCGACUAUGGAGAUGGACCCAGAGUAUGAUUUGGAAAUCAAAGAUGAUGUUGAGGCAGAAUGUUCCAAAUAUGGUCCAGUUAUACAUAUUCAUGUUGACAAGAAUAGUGCCGGUUAUGUAUAUCUUCGAUUUGAAACCAUUCAAGCUUCUGCGGCUGCUCAAGCAGCAAUGCAUAAGAGGUGGUUUGCACGCAAGAUGAUCUCAGCAGUAUUUUUGCAACCGUAUGAGUACGAUGCAAAGUUCAAACAUGCUGCCGUGUGAAGAUUCAAGGGAUUCAAACCGUAAUCCAUUUCAGGGCUGCUGCUUCCGAAGGUCUGGUUUCUUUAUUUUUUUUUGUAUGUUUCUAGAGGGCCUAUAUGAAAACACUACUUGUUAGCUGUAUUGUAAACUUCAUACUUAUCAUUUAAAUCUUUCAGUGCCCUAAGUUGUUAUCUAGUAAUACUAAAAAUGCAUUGAAAUUGUUCCAA